CAACGCCCCACUUCCGAACUGAAUGCUGACGUUUCAUUAUUUCUAACAUGGCAUCAAAAAAGGUGGAUUCAACCGGCGAUAGUACAUCUUCAAAAGUGGAAGACGAGAAGCCAAUUAAAGUUGACAAAUGGGAUGGAUCUGCUGUGAAAAAUGCUUUAGAUGAUGCUGUUAAAAAGGUUUUUACAGAAAAAUACAAAUAUGUGGAGAAUCAUUGGUUAAUGGAUGGACGGUUAAUAAUCUGUACAGUAGCUGUUGGAGCAGCUAUGUUUGCGCUGCUGUGGGACUAUCUCCACCCUUUUCCUGAGUCUCGCCCAAUUUUAAUUUUCUGUGUUCUUUCAUAUUUCGUACUGAUGGGGGUGUUGACUCUGUACACUACAUUCCUCGAGAAAGGCAUUUUUCUGAUUGCUUUAAUGAAAGAUCCAGCUGGGGUAGACCCUGACAACACUUGGACUGCUAGCUCUUCCUUAAAAAGGUUUGAUGAUACUUAUCACUUGGUACUUGAGUUUACGGAUGCCAAAACAAAAUCCACUCGUGAUGUGAAGCUCUCUAAGUCUAUAAGCUGCUGGUUUGAUGAAAAUGGGACCCUACUGUUUGAUUUGUUUGAGCCUGAAGUUUGUAAGCUUCAUAACAGUUUAUUGGCAGAAAAGAAGAAUAAAUGAGGCAUUUCAUUUUUUCUGAAUUAAAACAGUUCUUUGUAUCUCAUUAAUGUGUAACAAGGUGCAUAUUUUGUUUCCUUGGUCAGAAAUAAAAAAUUAAAAAAAUUUUUGUUCUAAUA